UUGCCAAUCGCUUUAGCUGACUAUGAAAAAUAGAUUUAGCAAGAGACGAAAUGAGUCACCUUGUAACUUGUUUUCAUCACCGCUCGUUUCAGACUGAUAUGAAGUGGGAUAUUAGUUGAUGACGGCUCAAAAUCAGCGAUGCAGCUACGAUGUGGAAAUAUAAAAUGAAGGAUGGUGUGGUGACAAUAUACCGACAUCACAGGUACCUGUAGCUUAGAUGUCAAGGUAGUUAUGAUUGCAAGAGUGAGGGGCGAGGCAUUUGCGGUGUCUGAAAGUUUUUUUUUUGCAUGGGUCAAAAGCCGAAAAUCUCGGCUCUUUCUUUCAUUUCUUUAUUCACUCUCAUGCUAUCCCGGUUGAAGACAGGUAGUGUGGCUACCAGAAGCCUUGCCUCAACUGGCCGUUUCUUGUUGAGACCCACCAUGGCUCGAUCUUUGCCUGCACAGCAUAAGAUCAUUCGGUCCUACGGUCAAGACCAGUCGUCCACAGCUGAAAAGGAAACCAUUGCGAAGUUGUUGUACAACAUUGGCUCUCGAAAGGAGGUAGAGCAAUACCUCCGCCACUUUUCUUCUGUCGAGUCCCAAAAGUUUGCUGUCAUUAAGGUUGGAGGAGCAGUGUUGACGGAUGAGCUGGAUACACUAGCGUCUGCCUUGACAUUCUUGAACCGAGUUGGUUUGUAUCCUAUUGUAUUGCAUGGCGCAGGUCCUCAACUCAACCGACUGUUGGAAGAUGCAAAUGUUGAGCCCCAAUACAACGAAGGUAUUCGUAUCACCGACGCAAAGACUCUGGAGAUUGCUCGCAAAGUGUUCCAACAGGAAAAUCUCAAACUUGUUGAAGCGUUGGAGCGUCAUGGCACUCGUGCAAGACCCAUUCCAAGUGGCGUCUUUGUAGCUGAUUAUCUUGAUCGCGAAAAAUAUGGCUAUGUUGGCAAGAUCAAAUCUGUCAACAAGAGUGGCAUCGAAUCCGCUAUUCGUGCUGGUACACUGCCUAUCUUGACCUCGUUGGCCGAAACUCCCGAUGGUCAAAUCCUCAAUGUCAACGCUGAUGUAGCUGCUGCUGAGUUAGCCACUGUUCUUGAACCUCUGAAGAUUGUGUUUUUGAACGAGAAGAACGGCUUGUAUCACGGCGUUACUGGCAAGAAAAUUGAUGUGAUAAAUCUCGAUGAGGAAUACGAAGAUUUGCUCAAGGAACCCUGGGUCAAGUAUGGCACCAAGCUCAAGAUCAAGGAAUGCAAAGAAUUACUCGAUCGUCUUCCUCGAUCUUCUUCCGUUGCCAUCAUUUCCGCUGGUCAUUUGCACAAGGAAUUGUUCACCGACUCCGGUGCUGGAACCUUGAUUCGCCGCGGCCACAAGCUCUUCAAGUAUGAUGCUCUCGACAAGAUCGAUCCUGAUAAGCUUCGCCAUAUUCUCGAGGCUGAGGAUCCUGCCAUCAAGUCUGGUCAAACUUCGGUUGCUAGCUACUUGCGUGACUUGCAGCAAAAGAAAGUCAACGUCUACAUGGACGAGCCUGGUCAAGUUUUGGCGGUUGUUACCCAGGACCCCACAGUGGCCGAUGCUCCUGCUGUUUUGGAGAAGUUUGUGACCAACAAGACCGCUGCUUUGAACAACGUUCCUGAUAAUCUUUGGACCAACAUCAAAAAGGACCACCCUGCGUUGACUUGGGAAAUUACCAAGGAAGAGGAGGAUGGUAACUUGGACAAGUCAUGGCACUUUGAACGGGCAGAGGGUUCGCUGCGCAACCCCCACACUGGCAAGACCUUGUUCUUUUAUGGCAUUGAAGGUGCUGAUAAGGUCAAGAAGACCUUUGAUGGGUUCAGCGGUCGUCGUCAAUUCAGCACUUAUGCUCAACAACGUCGCGGCUACUCCACUCAGUCUCGCAAAAAUGUCGGUUUGAUUGGUGCUCGUGGAUAUACCGGCCGUGAAUUGAUCAAUUUGAUUGACAGCCACCCUCACUUGAACUUAACCCAUGUCAGCUCUCGUGAAUUGGAAGGAAAGCCUCUCGAAGGGUACAACAAGGAGAAAUUGACCUAUGUCAACCUUAAGCCUCAAGAUCUUAAGGAUCACGAUGAGGUGGAUGCUUGGAUUUUGGCCUUGCCCAACGGUGUUUGCCAUCCUUUUGUGCACCAAAUUGAGCAGGAUGUCAAGGAUGGAAAGUUGCAAGACAAGAGUUUGAUCGAUCUCAGUGCUGAUUACCGAUUUGAGGAGAGCUGGACUUAUGGUCUUCCAGAAUUCAACAGAGAAAAGCUUGCAGGAGCGACCCGUAUCUCUAACCCAGGAUGCUAUGCUACCGGUGCUCAAAUGUCUAUCAAGCCAUUGUUGCCCUUUAUUCAAUCUCCCCCUACUGUUUUCGGUGUCUCCGGAUACUCUGGUGCAGGUACCAAGCCCAGCAACAAGAACGAUCCCGCUUUCUUGAAGGAUAAUAUCAUUCCUUACGCACUCACCGGCCACAUCCACGAAAGAGAGGUGUCAUACCAGCUCGGUACCCCAAUCCACUUUACACCUCAUGUCGCUCCAUGGUUCCAAGGCAUUGCUUUGACGGUUAACAUUCCUCUCAACAAGAGUAUGAGCAGCCGUGAUGUCAAGGAUUUGUUCAGUGAAUUUUAUCAGAAUGAAAAGUUGGUCAAGAUUAUCGAAGGUGAACCUCCACUUGUUCGUGACAUUGCCGGUAAACACAAUGUCAGUAUUGGAGGAUUUGGUGUCCAAGCUGAUGGCAAGCGUGCUGUCAUCGUUACCACCAUCGACAAUCUGCUCAAGGGUGCUGCUACCCAAGCUUUGCAGAACCUGAACCUUUCUCUUGGCUUUGACGAGUACGCAGGUAUUCCUAGUCAAUAAAAUAAGCGUAUUGACUGUUCGUUUUUUUAUUCCAUAGAGCAUAUAUCGUAUUGUCUUCAUUCAUGUACA